CGAUAGGUAUCGCCAAAAACAAUCAGCUGCUCCGCUUGUAGUUUUGCGAUUUCAUUGCAAUUUUAAUUUGCUAAACUAUUCAAAGAGAAAUACGUUGGAAAACAUGCCGAACGAAAAAGCAGAGGACCAAUCAGGUCAAGAGCUGAAGCAGAAGGCCAAGGAGGUGGCCGUGGCAUCGGAGGCAAUGCUCGAGAAGGUUGUUGCCGGCUUAAAGAUCCAGGACACGGCAUCGACGAAUACAGCCGGAAACGAGGAUGCGGAGCAGACUGAUGGUGCCAAGAAUGAGGCUUCAGUGUCCGCGGAUGCAAGCAAACAGGCCUUGCUACAAGCCGUUUCCGAUGCGAUGGCCAGCACCCGCCAGAUGGCCAAGAAGUUCGCAUUUUGGUCCACACAGCCAGUUACCAAGCUGGACGAGCAGGUGACCACCAACGAAUGCAUUGAACCGAACAAGGAAGUUAGUGAGAUUAGAGCGGAGCCUUACACUCUGCCAGGCGGCUUCAAGUGGGUGACACUGGACCUGAACGACGCCAAUGAUCUCAAGGAGCUGUACACGCUGCUCAACGAGAAUUACGUGGAGGACGAUGAUGCCAUGUUCCGGUUCGAUUACCAGCCCGAGUUUCUGAAGUGGUCGUUGCAGCCACCUGGCUGGAAACGCGAUUGGCAUGUGGGCGUUCGUGUUGAGAAGUCCGGCAAACUGGUAGGCUUCAUCUCGGCCAUUCCCAGCAAGCUCAAGUCGUACGACAAGGUGCUGAAGGUAGUGGACAUCAAUUUCCUAUGCGUCCACAAGAAGUUGCGAAGCAAACGGGUAGCUCCAGUCCUGAUUCGAGAGAUAACGCGUCGCGUCAAUCUGACGGGCAUAUUCCAGGCGGCCUAUACAGCUGGAGUAGUGUUGCCCACGCCGGUAGCCACCUGUCGCUAUUGGCAUCGAUCUCUCAAUCCCAAAAAGCUUGUAGACGUGCGCUUCUCGCAUCUCGCACGUAACAUGACCAUGCAGAGGACAAUGAAGCUGUACAAACUGCCCGAUCAGCCAAAGACAAAGGGCUAUCGCCGGAUCACGGCGAAGGACAUGGAUAAGGCCCACAAGCUGCUGGAGGACUACCUAAAGCGUUUUCAGCUAAGCCCGGUGUUCAGCAAGGAGGAGUUUCGUCAUUGGUUUACGCCCAAGGAAGGUAUUAUCGACUGCUUCGUGGUAGCCGACGAGAAGGGCAACAUCACUGAUCUGACCAGCUACUACUGCCUGCCAUCGUCUGUGAUGCACCAUCCGGUGCAUAAGACCGUUCGUGCCGCCUAUUCGUUCUAUAAUGUGUCUACAAAGACUCCGUGGCUGGACUUGAUGAACGACGCACUGAUCUCGGCACGAAAUGUCCAGAUGGACGUGUACAAUGCCCUCGAUCUCAUGGAGAACAAGAAGUACUUUGCGCCGCUAAAGUUUGGCGCCGGGGAUGGAAACCUGCAGUACUAUCUUUACAAUUGGCGUUGUCCAUCAAUGCAGCCGGAGGAGAUUGCCCUGAUACUCAUGUAGUCACCUCAAUACCUAAGCUCACAUUAUCGCCCUGCCUUUCACAGCUAACCUCCUCCGCUUUCUUCACCCUGCUGGAAGUGUCGUGCGGCUGCUUUGCUUGGCUCCUAUUUACGUAGCUAUUACCUGUAAUCUUCAGUUAUUCCAGCGAGGAAAGCCCUUUGCGAGUCAUACACCCAAAUAGCAUCAUUGUGAAAAUUGCAUUUUGCAACGGCCAAGCUUCGAUAUUUUUUACCACACAAACGAACACAAACUGUAUAAAAUGCGCAGCAAUAUCAAUAAAUAUCUAAUGUUUA